ACCUUUCAUUUGUUAUUGAGGUCAUGGUGGUGACUUCUCUUGUCAAUCUCGAAUUAGGUCUUCUAAGUCGGUGAUGUAUUGUCCCGAAUCCUCACAAGAAACCGAUCAGACCUCCUGUUUCUAGUGUUCACUAGUGGUUCAGCUCCAUUGUUCGAUUGUCAGUGCUUAAAAUGUAGCUGAGCGUCGUGUUGCCAUUUUGUACACUGAUUGUGGCUUAUCAAUAUGUUGCACCCUUCGUCGAGGUUUCUGAGCCAGGGGUUGAUCGGGAUGAGUGGCGGACGAAUUAAAGGAUUUUUUUUAUCCAUAGCUGGACUGUUUUGCUAUUAGGGUUCUGGGUUUCUGGAAUAGUGGCAAUGGCAUCUGGAUGUUUUGUGCUGGAGUUUGCGAAGUCGGAAUCAGGCCGGGAAGCAGCGUGAGAAGAUGGAGAUCAAGCAAGGAUUUCGGUGAAAUUAGGGUUCAGAAAGAAAUUGUACUGAUGUCAUGAGGUUAGUGCGGUUUGGACUUGGGGAUGAUGAUGAAGUGAACCCUGGGAUUUUUCGAUUUGUAGCUUAGGGGCUGAGGUACAUAGGAUAGGUUUUGGACCCGUUGAGCGAUGGCUGGAAGCGCUGCAGGUGCUCAAGUAGGGGAGAGUUGUUCAAUAUGCUUGGAAUCCGUAACAGGAGAAGCCUUUCUGGAUCAAUGUUUUCAUCGGUUUUGCUAUCAUUGCAUCCUGCAAUGGUCAGAGAUGGUCAUGGCAGCAUCGUUGGCGAAGACAGGGGACCCGAAACGCGUUACGCCUCUUGAAUGCCCGCUGUGUAAGACCCACUACACGUCAAUCAUUCAUGACUUAGUGGCAGGAACGAAGUUUCAGAGACAUUUUUUGCUUGCUCCGGAUGGGAGUCAGUUCCGGUUGUCGGAGGCUCAUCGAAGGCGGCUGGCAGUUUAUGCAGCUCUCAAAGCGGGUGCAAGCUCGAAAACAGUAUUAAACUCAUCGACCUUGGCAGAUUUGGAUGCAGGUGUUGGUUCUCCUCUUCAAGGCACCAAAACACGGACUAUCAGCGGGGUUGUGAAGGCCAACAAGUGGUUGCCGUGCUGGGUGCAGCGGGAAUUGCAAGCACUGAUGCAGGAUGAGGAUGUGAAUAUGGUGACUCAUCAUGUUGUCGGGGUGGUUCAGUCCCUUCAAAAGCGGUCUCGAGGGACGAUGUUCCGGCCCGAUUCUGGAUCGGCGAAGGAGCCAAGCUCCAAAAGUUGGUGCAAUGCAGUUGCUGAGGCUAUGAGAUCAUUCAUCUUUGAGGAUGCCGAAAUGUUUGCAGUCGAAUUGUGGAAGUUUCUGGAUUCUGGAAUUGACAUUGCCUUCUAUGACCAACACCUUUCAGAUUGUGCUGUUACUGCUGUUGCCGAUGAAAACCAAGGCCCAAGUACUGUGGCAACUGCAGAGAAUGCGAGAUCAGAACUACUUGACGAAGAUGUAGAAGUUAGAUAGCAUUAGUUGAAGUCUGUAUCAAUGUAAUGAUAUGAAACUUCAGCUACGGACAAUGAAUUUCAUUAGGGGCUCUUCGUGCCUAUUUUCCUACAAUUCUAGAAUCUUCUCAAAUGGGAAUUGGCACCCUCAACUAAAUUGCGAUUCGCAAAUGAUUAUGGGAUUGAAACAAAGCUAGACCGUUCCACUUAUAGAAAAGAAAAAUAAACAGCUCUCUCUCUCUCUCUCUCUCUCUCUCUCUGUCGCUCUCUCGAUAUAUAUAUAUAUAUAUAUAUUUAUUUAUUUAUUUA